AUGGGUCAUCGACGAUAUCUUCCUCUUAAUCACAAAUGGAGAAAUGAUAACAAAUCUUUUAAUGGCACAAGGGAGCGAGGGUUACCACCCAAGCCACUUUCAGGAGAUGAUAUACUUGAUCAAGUGAAAAAUCUUGAAGGGGUCAUAUUAACUAAGGCUCCUCAUAUGAAGAAAGCAAUCUCACAUGAUGGCAGGGGGGACAAUUGGAAUAAAAAGAGUAUAUUCUUUGACCUUCCAUAUUGGAGGACCUUAUUACUACGCCACAACUUAGAUGUCAUGCACAUUGAAAAGAAUAUAUGCGAUAAUAUACUAGGGACAAUCAUGAACAUAAAGGGAAAAACUAAAGAUAGCAUCAAAACUCACCUUGACUUGCAAGCAUUAAAUAUAAGGCCAGAGUUACACCCAGUACAGCAGGGGAAUAAAGUUGUGAUACCUCCAGCAUUGUACAGUUUAUCUACUACAGAAAAAUACAGGCUUUGCCAAUUCUUGAAGCAGUUAAAAGUUCCAGAUGGAUUUUCAUCCAAUAUUUCUCUUUGUGUAAACAUGAAAGAGAGUAAAAUCUCAGGAUUAAAGAGUCAUGAUUGUCAUGUUCUUCUAUUACAUAUACUUCCUCUUGCAAUACAUGGUUUACUUCCAAAAGUAGUAUAUGAACCACUUGUUGAGCUAUCAUUGUUCUUCACUCAUUUAGGAGCAAAGUCAUUAAAGGUAGAUGUAUUGGAGCAAUUAGAAAAGCAAAUUCCUAUAACUCUUUGUAAGCUAGAAAUGAUCUUUCCACCUUCGUUCUUUGACAUUAUGGUGCAUUUGCCUAUGCAUUUGGCUAAUGAAGCUAAAAUUGGUGGACCGGUACAAUAUCGUUGGAUGUACCCAAUAGAACGAGCAUUAUAUUCAUUUAAGUCAUGUAUUCGUAAUAGAGCUUGUGUAGAGGGUUCAAUUGCAGAGGCAUACAUUGCAAAUGAGUGCAUGACUCUUUGCUCAAGGUACUUACAUGGCAUUGAGACAAAGUUCAAUCGAAUGGAGCGCAACUAUGAUGGUGGCAGUAAUAAAAAUAAAGGAGGCUUAUCAAUUUUCUCCAAAGUAGGACGAGGAUUAGGUGCUAGUAAAACUCGUGAUCUUGAUACACAGCAGUGGGAGCAAGCUCAUAUUUAUGUUGCAUGGUUGCAUAAAAAUGACUCAAGUCCAAUGAUGGGAGCCCUACUCUCAUUAUCACGUGGUCCUGCUCGAUAUGUGACAUCUUUUUAUGGUUACAUUGUCAAUGGAUAUAGGUUUCAUACUGAAUAUCAUGACCAAGGUUUGAGGACACAAAAUAGUGGAGUUGUUGUAAUUGGAGAUAUUGGUGAUGAAGUUAACAACAUAGAUUACUACGGUGUCUUAACUGAGAUUAUUCAAUUGCAAUAUCUUGGAGGAAGACGUGUGGUGUUAUUUCGUUGUAAUUGGUGGGAUAUUUAUGAUCAAGUGAGGGGGGUUAAGAUUGAUGAAUAUGGGGGGGUUAGUGUUAACUGUAAACGAACUUUGAAAACAAAUGAACCUUUCAUUUUAGCUAACCAAGCAUCACAAGUCUUUUAUGUUCCAGACAAUAUUCACAAAGGCUGGCAUUGUGUGAUAAAGGCACAUCCUCGAGAUUCCUAUGACAUCCCAUUAGAAGAAGACAUUGACCCCGUUGAUUUGAAUCAAUUCAGUGAAGCAUAUCAAGCUGAUGAAUCUAUCAAUCUUGAAUCUGGAGAAACAACUACAGUUGAUGCAAAUGACCAAAUUAGUUGGAAGAGGAUGGAUAUAGAGCCACAAAUAAUUGAUAUAUCUUCAACACAGAAGAAAAGAAAACAUGGAUCUUGA